GACUUGCGUCCGUAUUUGAGCGCAAUAAUAACAGUUGAAAGGGGAGCGGAGGCACGGGGGUGUUUGGUAAUCUGAUUUUGUUCCCCAUAGACGUACCUGCCCACCUACUGCCUAUAUAGUGUUCAUUUGGCUGCUGUGGUUUUUUACCCGCCAAAAGCUACCUCCUUACUCCUUACUCCUUACCUUAACUAACUACCUACUUCUUCCUCUUCGCCUCUCUCACUCCGAAUUCUGUGGACAAUGCAAGGGGGACAAAUGGUGGUUGAAGGCCCUGUCAGGCUCUCCUCUGUUCUAACUUCUUCCAAAUUGAUUGAAGGGAUGCAGCUAUUGACAAUUGGAGAGGAUAAAUGAAAACAUGGUUGAAACUCAGUCUACGUUGCGUUUUGAUUACUUCCUGGCUAACUCAAGCUAGAGCUUCCUGCCAUCACUGACAAAAAUAGUUGGCACCCUUGGACCAAAGUCACGUUCUGUUGAGGUAAUUGAAGCAUGCAUAAAGGCUGGAAUGUCAGUUGCAAGGUUUGAUUUUUCUGGGUUAGACAGUGACUAUCACCAAGAAACUAUUGACAAUUUAAGAAUAGCGGUGAAAAGUGCCAGGAAGCUUUGCGCUGUUAUGCUGAACACUGUGGGUCCAGAACUUCAAGUUUACAACAAGACAGCUAAACCAAUUGAGCUAAAGGCUGAUGAGAUUGUGACCAUCACCCCAGAUGCUACAGAAGAACCAUCAUCAGAAGUGUUACCUAUUAGUUAUGCCGGACUAGCUGGGACUGUGAAGAAGGGUGACACUAUUUUUCUUGGGCAGUAUCUCUUCACAGGAAGUGAAACUACAUCUGUCUGGCUUGAGGUCUUGGAGACAAAGGAUCAAGAUGUUAUUUGUCUUGUCAAAAACACAGCCACUCUUGCAGGCUUAAUAUUCACCAUGCAUGUUUCCCAGGUCCGCAUCAACUUGCCGACUUUAAAUGAGAAAGACAAACAGGUAAUUUCAAACUGGGGCAAACGGAACAAUGUUGAUUUCAUAUCCCUUUCUUAUACCCGCCAUGCAGAGGAUGUGAGAGAGCUCAGAGCUUUUCUUAGAACACAAAAUCUUCAUGAAACUCAAAUAUUUGCCAAAAUUGAAACUGUAGAGGGUCUAAAGCAUUUUGAUGAGAUCCUCCAGGAAGCAGACGGUAUUAUCCUUUCUCGUGGGAAUUUGGGCAUCGACCUUCCACCAGAAAAGGUUUUCUUAUUUCAGAAGUCUGCUGUACAUAAGUGCAACAUGGUAGGAAAACCUGCAAUCAUUACUCGAGUUGUGGAUAGUAUGACUGAAAAUUUAAGGCCUACCCGUGCAGAAGCUACUGAUGUUGCUAAUGCUGUGCUUGAUGGUACUGAUGGUAUACUUUUGGGUGCUGAGACUCUACGUGGCCAGUAUCCCAUUGAGGCUGUGACAACUGUGGGGAGGAUUUGCGCUGAAGCUGAAAAGGUGUACAAUCACUUUCGCCAUUUUAAGAGAACUGUCAAACAUGUUGGAGAACCCAUGUCUCAUGCUGAAUCUGUAGCUUCCUCAGCGGUGCGAUCUGCGAUCAAGGUCAAGGCUGCAAUUAUAGUUGUGUUCACAUCAUCAGGUGGAGCAGCAAGAUUGAUUGCAAAAUAUAAGCCACCAGUUCCUGUUUUAGCAAUUGUUGUCCCACGUCUCAAAACAAUUUCAUUUAAGUGGACGUUCACCAGUUCAUCACAGGCUAGGCAGUUGCUUGGUGUUAGAGGAGUCUACCCUCUGUUGACCAGUCCUGACAUGGCUACUUCAGGUGAAUUGGGGUUAAAACUUGCCCUGGAUCACGGUAAAUCAGUGGGAUUGCUCAAACCUAACGAUCAAGCUGUAGUGUUCCAAAAAAUUGGUGACUCGUCAGUGGUCAAGAUCGUUCAGCUUGAAGGCUAGGAGGUUGUCUCCAUAAAUAUUUUCAACCUAUCAUUUCAGACAGUAUUUGCCUGCAAAACAACUAAUCAUUCCUUCCCCAAUUUGCCUUAGAUAAUAUCUCUUUAGUUAGAAAGGACAAUAAAAUAAUCAUUUUCCUUGCUAGCAAGAAACAUUAUUUUGUUCAGCUCACCCUUCUACUUCUCUUCAUUGUAAAGAAACGCAAUAAUCACUUCCCUCCGUCUUACUAGUUUCAUAUUGCAAA